AUGCCUUCCCAUGAGUCGCCGUCAGUGAUACCGGCACAGAUUUCGUUCCUUGCGAUAUUCAACCCGUCCCUCGGGAAGACCGACGAGACCCUCCAAGACCAGAUAGUAUUCUACUAUUCGGCUCCCAACCAAACGAAUGCGCCGAAGGACGUUCCAGAUAGUGAUACGGUUAGGAAAGAUGCCUCCGAGGAAGAGAAUAAAAGGCUGCGCCAUGUAGGGCUUGCGCAAGGAAUGGUGAGCUUCGCCAAAAACUUUUCAAAUGGAGAGCCUGUUGACGCAAUCGAGACUGAAAAUUCUCGUAUCGUGUUGAAAGAGCUAGAGCCCGGAUGGUGGAUUCUUGCGAGCAUCGACUUGACAAAAAUAUCUACUACUCACAAAUCACAUAAGAAUGCCAAAUAUGGGGUCUCGGGUGAGCUUAAAGUGGAAUAUUCUUCGAGGGAACUGUCUCCGCCAUACCUCCUUACCCAACAACUAUCAAAGGCCUAUUCUAUAUUUCUAAUACACCACGGCACUUCACUCGAAGAUCUCUACAAGAGCCUACCAAGGAAGUCUUUCUGCAUCUAUCUCGAGCGCUUUUGGACAAGAUUCGUCUGGAAUUGGGAUAUAUUGCUUAACGGGAACCCGGCAAUAGACCUCUUUUCUAGCAUGAAGCUGGCCGGAGGCGGAGAGCUAGGAAUAGGUGUUGGCGAAGAAGAGUGGGGGAGUGGUGAACGUGAAGUUCUUGAGGGAUUCAUCUCAAGGACUGAGGGAUUGGUUGACAUGAUUGUCUCGAGGUUCGGAGAUGCGCCAAAGUCACUCGCCGAUAGCGAGUCUCUUACAAAAAAGGAUCCGGUCAAGCCGAAGGCUUCGUUGAGCGAUCCAACAUGGCUUGGCUGUAUGGCCUCACCUGGCCCUCACGACGGUGUCAUGUUUUCCGGGACUGGGGCGUUAUCGCGAAAGUCCUUAACCCACGUCUCCCAGUGGAUGGAGUGGGUAUAUAGAUACGGUGAAGACGCAUACGGCGUACGAGAUGACCCCAGAUCAACUCGUCGCCGGAAGCGAGGAAGAAGGCGUAAGGGGAAGACAAAGUCAGUGGGAAAGAAACCCGAAUAUAUUGUUAAGUCGCCAUCAAGUUCCCGGUGUGAACUCCCUAGCCAAAACCAUGACGAAUUAUCUCCAAGGAUCCCACCUCCCUUGAUUGUUGCUUCGGAUAAGAAACAUAAAUGCGAUCCAGAACAUGGCGCUAAAAGCUCCAAGGCAUCUGACGACAAACCCGCGAGUACGCCUGCAUUUGGGACAGACAAAUUAAUGAAUAUAAUCACUCUAGGAUAUGGAUCUGCGUGGGGUAACUCAUCGGCCGCUCCCCCUUCCAAUGCCGAUACCAAUAGCCUUCAACCACAAGAUAUGGAACAAAACAGGCAAUCUAACCAACCACUAGCCCUAGAACGGGCGGCACCUGAGUCAACCUCUGCGAGACAGGGCAGUUCCUUACAGCAAUUAGACGAGUCCCCUGGUAGGUUCAUCAUCGGGCUCCGUGACCCCCUCGAAAAUGAAGAGAACGAUAGCGAGAGUAUAGACGAUGAGGAGUCCCCGAAACCCCAACCGGCCAAACACACGGCCCCUAGCAAGAUUAUUAUGCGGACACUAGAGUUGAUGGUGCAGACUUCGCUAUCACAUGAAGGGGAUUCCUCUGAACUGGUAUCGAAGUCGUUACAAGUAGUUAUAUACCUGUACCAACCGUUCAUGUUUACGUUUUUAUUUGAGCCUGGAACAACGGCUCUUUCGUCAACUAGUUUCUACCGAAGCAUCCACCAUCAGCUUGGUCCGCUCCAAAAACCCCUUCUCUCAUCAACUUCGCCGUCAAAGGUGGCAGAAAGGCUUUCACGUUAUGACCUCCAUCAAUAUCCCAGGGGUCAGAGUAAACCAUCUCCGGGACAGUCUCUAUAUGAUAUUAUUUAUGAACCGUUUCACCAGACAAUACGGACCUCAAUACCGAACAUCCCGGAGCCGGACAUCACGUCUGACCAUAUCAGGGCGUAUAACAAUCCAAAGGAUGCCAGUCAGCAGCCUCAGUGGACCCGCGCGGAUGCCUUGAACGUAUACAUGCAGAUAAUCAACACAUAUACAGAAACAAGGCUCCGCCCAUCUGAGCUGGAGAGAAUCUGUAAAACAAAUCGUGGCUGGUGGGUUCUGUGGAUGCGCCUACCCACCACGCCGGACCAGCCGGGACCUGGUAUUGCCUCCAGUGACGGCGAAGGUAGCGGCUCGAGGAGUAUAUGCUCACAAGCUACAGGAGAAAAGGCUUCCAAGCUGUCCGAAUAUCAUCGGCAUCCAGAAGGCCAGCUAGCGUCUUCGAACGUAGCCUUCUUAGUUCGAAAAGCGAGUGAUUCCAAGCAACCGGCCAGAGGUCAUCUUCGAAGUGCAAGCGGUCCAGGAUUCUUUCGAAGUUUAGGAGGCGGUUUCGGAAGGGAACUUGAAGGAUGGUCUGCUACCCCAGGCAAACUUGUUGAAGGCGUCGGGUUGGAUGCAAAGAAGUACGUUGAUGCUUUGAUUAAUCUGAAUCGAUAG